GAUGUCGGUGAAGAGUUUGGUGACAAUGAAAUGGGAAGAGCGGUUAUCGAAAUGUACCGGAACAUGAAAAAACUCGAAAGGAAAAUCUUUUGGGAUGACAUGCGGCCAAUCGUUUUUCCGCAUACUUCGGAGAAUGUGCAAGAACCAGAUAAAGGCAAGGGAAAAGGCAUGAGCAUACCGCCGCGAAGUACCAAGAAGAUUCGAAGAAAAGGAAGGAAUAUUAUUCAAAAAGGAGAGUCAAGUGAAAGAAAUAUGAAGAAAAAAGGACCGAUGUUACGCUCUCAACCCACUCCGUCGGAACCAAGUCAAGUGAAGAAAAAGGAAAUUCAUGAUACAACAGCUCAUGUUGAUAAAAGGUACUUGGAAGAGCUACCUCCUUACAUUAGAGAUUAUGUCAUAUCCAUCAAUGAUGUCCCUCCGGAUGGUAAUUGCGGUUUCCACGUUGUCAAGGAACAACUAGGGCCUUUCACUCAAGGUGCCUAACUAUAUGAUGAUAAUGAAAUCACUUAUAUUCGUCAAAGGAUGAAGAUGAAGAUAAAGGAAAAACCGGAAUUUUACAAGAGAAUGUUGUCCGAUGGGGAUGAUAGCCUCAACAUGCAAUUCCUUAGGUAUCAAAUCCGUCUCCACGGGGGAAAUCCAAUCACAAGGGAUCAUUGGAUGGGCAUGCCGAUAUGUGGGCACUUAAUCGCCAACGCAUUCAAUUGUGUGGUUCACUAUUUCUCAAAAGGUGCUAGUUUCACUUACACUCCCAAAACAACCAUAUGUGUCGAGAAACUUAGGCGUAGGAGAGUGGUGAUUGCGUUGGUUAAGAACAACCAUUUUGUAGGCCUCCGGUUAGAAGACAAUUGUCCAUUGACUCCGAUAUGCACAUACUCUUAUUGGAAUGGAUUUAACCCCGACACGAUGUUGGGUUGGUGCAUUAUGUAUGAACAUAACAUGGAGAUGUGGAAAGCUUUGGAGGAAUCGAACAAAAUUAUA